AUGUCUGUGGUGUCUCUUCUUGGUGUGAGGGUCUUGAACAACCCCGCGCCUUUUACUGCGCCAUAUGAGUUCGAAAUCACAUUCGAAUGCCUCGAGCAACUUCAAAAAGAUCUGGAGUGGAAACUCACCUAUGUCGGCUCCGCGACAUCAUCUGAAUUUGAUCAAGAACUAGACUCUUUAUUAGUCGGGCCCAUUCCUAUCGGCGUUAAUAAGUUCAUCUUCGAAGCAGAUCCGCCAGAUCUCAAACGGAUUCCCACGUCCGAAAUCCUCGGGGUGACCGUUAUUUUGCUUACAUGUAGCUACGAUGGGAGAGAAUUUGUCCGCGUUGGAUACUAUGUGAAUAACGAAUACGACAGCGAAGAACUCAACCAAGAACCUCCUGGUAAACCCAUCAUCGAGAGGGUGAGGCGCAGUGUGCUGGCAGAAAAACCUCGGGUUACGCGAUUCCAUAUCAAAUGGGAUUCCGACUCGGACGCAACAGAUUUCCCCCCUGAACAACCUGAUGCGGACGUUCUGGAAGACGAUGGACAAGCAUACGGUGCUGAGGAGCUUGAACUCGAAGCCGCUCUGGAACAAGAGCUUAACGAGUUAGAAAAAAUAGACGAUGACAAAAUGGAUACCGGUGAGGGCCCCGAGGAACCAGAUGAUAACGAAUCCGAAGCCGGCAGUGAAGAUUUAGAGGGUGAAACUAGCGGAAGUGAGGAUGAGGACGAAGAAGAAGGCUUCGAAGCUGAAGAUGAAGACGUUGAAAUGGGGGACGACAGCAAUCCUACUCCGGACCAGCGUCAACAGCCACAAUCUGAAGUAAUGGUCCACUAA